GCAUGUUCGACCCCUCCAAGGGCAAAGGGAUGGGCAUGCCGCCCAUGAUGAUGAAGGGAAAGGGCAUGCCCAUGGGCAAAGGCAUGGGGCCAGGCAUGUUCGACCCAAUGGGCAAGGGCAUGCCUCCUCCGCCAAUGGGCAAAGGGAUGCCUCCGAUGGGCCCCAUGGGCGGCCCGAUGGGCCCACCGAUGGUCAAGGGCCCGUGCGGCGGGAAGGGCUGCUUCGGCAAGCCGCCGGGGCCGCCGCUGCCCAACGUGAGCCCGGCGGACCGGGAGGCGCUGGAGAUGCAGCGCUUCGCCACGGAGCGGAAGCGCCGGCUGCGGGAUCUCGUGGGCGCGCUGCACGCGCGGCUGGAGAAGGAGCCGGAGUGCGUCCCGGAGGAGAGACGGGCGAAGUUCAAGACGUUCCAGGAGACCAUCGGUCUGCAACUGGACGGCCACCAGCUCCCAGUGCUGGUUUCCAGCGAGCUGGCCGUGGCCGACGCUCUGUUCUUGCUCUGGAUGUGCGACCCUGGCGCGAAGGACGAGGACUACGUUGCGGGGAAGCUGCAGUGCUGCCUCGACGCUGCGCACGCUCUGCCGUCGCCGCUCAUCGGGCCACUCUCGCCGCUGCGCGAGAUGGGUGCAGUUGCAGUUUCGCCGCAGCGCCGCGCCAGGGUGGUGUCGCGGCACGGCGCCUUGGCGCUGGCUCUGCCCGCUCUGGCGUGCCUGUGGGCCGCGACCCGUGGGCGGGGGCUGGCCCUGCCGGUGGCAAUGGCGAGCGGGAGGGUGGCGCUGGUGACGGGCGCCAACAAGGGCAUCGGCCUGGAGAUCGCUCGCAAGCUGGCUGACGCAGGCGUCACCACCGUCAUCGGCGCCCGGAACGAGGCACGGGGCGUCGCCGCGGCGGAGGAGUUGUGUCGGGCAGGCUGCACCGCCGUGAGCGCGCGCUUGGACCUGACCGAUCCGGACAGCGCCCUCGCGGCGGCCCGCUUCGUCGGCGAAGAGUUCGGGCGAUUGGACAUCCUGGUGAACAACGCCGCCGUGUGUUUCAACGACCCUACGCUUUACGGUGCGUGCGAGUUUACGCCGUUCGAGAGGCAGGCGGGCAUAACGGUCUCCACCAACUUCUUCGGCACGUUGGCGGUCACGCGGGCGAUGCUGCCUCUUCUGCAGGCCUCGUCGUCGCCCCGCAUCGUCAACGUUGCGAGUUACGCAGGGCGCCUGGCGAUUCUUCGCUCCCGCGAGAAGCUGGAGGCCUUCACUUCGCCGACGUUGCAGGUGAGCGAGCUCGAAGCCAUGAUGAGGGAGUUCGUGCGGGACGCAGAGGCGGGCGUGCACGCUCGGAGCGGGUGGCCGAACACGUGCUACGGAGUCAGCAAGCUUGGGAUAAUUGCGCUGACCAGGGUAAUGGCCAGGGACGAGCCGAAGGCGAUGAUCAACAGCGUGGAUCCGGGGUACUGCGCCACGGACCAGAAUCGCAACCAGGGCGUGCAGAGCGCCGAGGAGGGUGCCCAGACCCCGGCCGCGCUGGCCCUUCUACCCGAUGACCGCUUCGUCAGCGGCCUGCUAUUUCGGGAUGGGAGAGAAGUCGCGUGGUGA